AUGGCCGACAAGCGAGAACCGACCGCCGCUGAGGCUAUGCUCUUCUUCAGCAUCGUCAAGCACACUCGCAACAAGGCCGACGUUGACUGGAACGCUGUCGCCACUGAGGCUGGAUUCAAGAAUGCCGAUGUCGCCAAGGUCCGCUUCGGCCAGGUCAAGCGAAAGCUGGGAAUCACUACUGAGACCACGGCUCCCGCUCGUACCCCUGCCACGCCCAAGAAGCCCUCUCGCGUCUCAAAGACCACCACCCCUCGCAGUGUCAAGGCCAAGGGAAAGAACAACAAGGUCAAGAAGGAAGAAGAAUCUUUCGAUAUCUUCGACGAUGAGGAUGAGGAGAUGGCCAAGCCCACUAUCAAGGAUGAAGGCCAUGACUCGGAGAAGACUCCCGAGAAAGAGGACAAUGAGGGCGACAGUGAUGAUGCCGCCUUUGACUACCCCUUCUUCAAGCAGUAA